ACAUGUACACCUGUCCCCUAUCCCACACUGACACGUAGUCCAACGUCCCAGCACCCCACUUAUCAAGAACACCUGGCAGGUUCUCAUGAAAGCCUCCAAUCAGGUCCCAGAGAAAUUACAGCAGCCUCAGGAGGCUGCCAUGUGGCGAGCGUCAGAGACAGAGCUGAAGUGACACGACGUUGAAGUCUUGUUGGCUUUCCCUGGUUUCUUUUCUUCACCUGCCUCUCCAUGAGCCGAAUCAUUUCAAACAUGCUGAUCACUAUGUUUUUCUCCCUCCUGGUGUCUUCUGUCGUUGCAACAGAGAAAGACAGUGCCCUUCCCAGACUGUCAGACACCAAAGCUGUUGAGGCCUUCAUCGACUCUGCUGAAGUGGUGGUCAUCGGAUUCUUGGAGGGAGAGGAGAGUCACGGCUAUCAGGAACUGGUUGCAGCUGCAAAGCGUGUUGAGUCAGUCCCUGUCGCCAUCUGCACUGAGAAAGAGAUGUGGGCGGACCACAGCGUCUCCUCAGACACCAUCGCACUUUUCAGGAAGGCAGAUAACCACCAGGAAAACCUUAACAUUGCAGACGCCAAGAAGUUAGAAACCGACGGUCUCGUGAACUUCAUCACCAUCAACGAGCUCCGAUACAUCACAGAGUACAACCAAGUGUCGGCAGUGGGUCUGUUCAACUCAGAGGUGAAGACACACCUCCUGCUCUUCGCCAACAGGGGGAGUAAAGAAUACACUGAGCUGAAGGAGCGGCUGGGAGCUCUGGCCCCCGAGUUCACAGGAAAGUUCUUGUUUGUGAUGAUUAACGGAGCGGUGAAGUCCAACUUCCGCUCGCUGGGCUACUUCGGCCUCAAGUCUACGGACCUGCCUCGAGUCGGUAUUUAUGAUGGUAACUCUGACAUGAAGUGGCUCCUGCCUGAGGGAGAGAUCUCUACUGAGCGGGUGCAGGAGUUCUGCCACUCCUUCCUACGAGGGGAGCUGAAGGAGGUGAAGCAGGCAGGAGCAGAAGCCAAAACAGAGCUCUAG